AUGGCUUCUGUAAAGUUUGCAGUUGUUGAUGCGAACGAUUUUCUAUCAAAAAAACAAGCAGCUGAUCCUGAAUUGGCAGCAGAUUGGGCGAAAUUGGAAGAACUUUACAAUAAAAAAUUAUGGCAUCAAAUAACUAUAAAAUUACAAGAAAUGGUGAAUUAUCCUUCUCAACAAUCCGGCGACAACCUUAUACAACUCUACAACAACUUUAUUACUGUAUUUGAAAACAAAAUAAACCCACUAUCUCUGGUAGAGAUCAUUGCCCAUGUUGUACAGCAGUUCACUGAUAAGAAGGAGGCUAUUGCCUUCUUGGAAAAGGUGGAGGGCAAAGUUAAGAUGAAUGCAGAGGCACUGGCAUUGUGUAAGGUUCUCCAAGGUCAGAUAUAUUUAGAACAGCUGAUUGACAUGGAUGCCACUGAGAAAAUCAUUGAAGAGUUAGAAGGAACACUGGAAGAUGCUGAUGGUGUUACCCCAGUCCAUGGCAGAUUCUAUAAAUUAGCAGCGGAGUACUACAGAGUGCGAGGACCGAUGGAUAAAUAUUAUAGAGCAGCCCUCCGUUACGUAGGCUGUGCUCGUGGUGGUGAAGACCUGGCGCUGCCCGAGCGUCGUGCCUGCGCACUGCGACUCGCUCUUGCGGCCGUCAUUGCACCCACUGUGUAUGAUCUGGGUGAACUGUUGGCUCAUCCCAUCCUGGAAUCUUUGGAGGGCACUCCGGACGCGUGGGCCUGUGAAUUGGUGAAAGCAGUGGCAGCCGGUGAUAUUGUCGCCUUCGAGAAAAUUCGUACUCAAGCCCCACAUCCUGAGCUACACAAGGCUGACCGUCAGCUGAGACAGAAGAUUGCAAUUUUAUGUCUAAUGGAGAUGGCGUUCAACCGCACUUCAGCACAACGCAAGCUGACGUUCGCGGAAAUUGCGCGCGAGGCCAGAGUGCCCCGUGACGAAGUGGAACUGUUGGUCAUGAAGGCACUCGCUGAGAAACUGAUCCGCGGACAUAUUGACCAAGUGAGCGAGUGCGUGAGCGUGAAGUGGGUGCGACCACGUGCACUAAACCGAGCUGGUGCCGCUGCUCUCGCGCGCCGCCUCGACACCUGGUGCACCGCAGUAGCCGGUGCCGCCUCGCUGCUGUCCCGCGCCGCGCCUGACCUGCUCACACUCUAG